AUGGAUGCAAUUCGUUAUUUCCUUGGGAUGCGUGACCGUCGACAACCGAAGUCUACUGAGCUUGAAUCCGAUAUUUAUCCCGUUCACUUACUCGAUGACGCGAAGUGUCUCCGCGGCUGCCCUUCCUACCUCUUCCGUUUUAACGAUGUCCUUGAUGCGAAGAGACUCUCAGAUUCUCUUUCAAGACUCCUGGAAAUAGGUGACUGGAGGAAGCUAGGUGGAAGAUUCCGGCGCAAGGCGGAUGGCAGACUGGAAAUUGUUGUUCCUAAACAAUUCUCGGUCGACCAGCCAUCGCUCACCUUCACCCACGAUGUCUUUCAUACCAGCAUCGAAGAUCAUCCGCUCGGACGCCGGCUUCCUAAACCGACCAAGAGCUCCUCUGUGUUUCCUUUACCUUCAGAUCUUCGCACUUUUGCAGGACCCGGCGCACCAGUGACAAUCAAGGAAAUAAUUCAAGAGCAAACGCCGUUAACCACACUCCACAUCACCUCAUUCACCGAUGCUACGAUUGUUGUCUUUUCGUGGCCUCAUGUCCUCAUGGACGCUAUGGGUACCCGAUCUCUUCUACACAACUGGUCUUUAGUCCUGAAUGGCAAAGAAGAAGAAGUAUCAGCGUUAGCCUCGGCGCGAGAAGAUAUCAUUGGAACGGAACUUGAGAAGAAGGAACAGACAGAAGAUUUACUCAAUGAUCGAAAGCAGCUUGGUCCCAUCCGACUAUUGCUCUUCGCACUGCGGAUCUUCUUCCAGAAUAUCUCCGGCCCCAGGUUCGAGGAGCGAACCGUGUUCAUUAAGGGAAACUACUUUGAUGAACUGAAAAGCCGAGCACAAAGUGAACACAGCCAUGUAGCUUGCUGCAAGUCCGAGGCAAAAAAUGCCUUUAUUUCCGAUGGAGAUGUGUUUGCAGCUUGGGCAGUUCACAUGGUGGCUUUAUCCGAGCCUGGAUUACGUUCAAUAUCAUUCUAUACCAUCAUUAACGCGCGCUAUAGGCUCCCAGUUCUGCAAAGGAACCCCCGGGAGGAGUAUAUCCAAAAUCUCCUUGCAGCUUCAUAUUCCAAUUUUUCCCGUGAAAUGGCGAGCGGUUGUCUAGGUCCCAUUGCCCGUGUCCACCGGGAAAAUAUGUCCGAGCAGACCACAGAAGAGCAGAUUUGGAGCUACCUUAGGAUGCAGCGGGAACACAUCAGGAAACGCAACAAUUAUAAGUACAAUCCUGGCGACCGGAAUGCCACACCAAUAAUCUUUAACAACCUCUCGAAGGGCGAAAUUCUCCACGUGGUGGACUUCACCAGCGCUGUCCUCAAGCAAGGGGAGGCAGAUGACUCAAGGAGCAAUCCAAUAGGGACUGCAUUAUGCUUCACGCCAAUGGGGUCGAGGAUGAUCAAUCAGCUCUUCGGGACCCCUUACCUUCAUGUGCUUGGGAAAGACCAUGCUGGGAAUUACCGAGUCACUGCUUUGCUACGUCCUCAGAUGUGGGCCAGGAUAGAGGAAGAGUUGAAUGCGUUCUAA